AUGGAGUCUCUCUCAGCAUCAACCAACAGCUUCACUCUGGACCUUUACCAAAAGCUGAAUGAAACUUCCAAAGGCCAAAACAUUUUCUUUUCUCCUUGGAGUAUCGCAACCACUCUUGCCAUGGUCUACCUGGGUGCAAAAGGUGACACUGCAAGCCAGAUGGCUAAGGUUCUUCAUUUUAACCAGACUGCAGUUGACGAAGGUUCAUCUGAGACAACAAGGCCUUCUCCAGGGAGACCAAAGGAAAGAAAGACGGAUCCUGAGCACAAGCAAGCCCAGAAUAUCCACUUUGGCUUCAAAGAGCUCCUGUCUGCCAUCAACAAACCCAGAAGCACCUACUUGCUGAAGAGUGCCAACCGACUGUAUGAGGAAAAGACCUACCCAUUGCUGCCCGAAUUCUUACAGCUCAUUACAAGCUAUUAUAAUGCAAAGCCACAAGCUGUAAACUUUAAGACAGCUGCAGAACAAGCCAGAGCACUGAUCAAUUCAUGGGUUGAAAAUAAAACUGAGAGGAAAAUCCAGGAUCUGCUGCCUGCAGGAUCUCUCAAUUCUCGCACUGUGUUGGUCUUAGUAAAUGCCAUUUAUUUCAAAGGAAACUGGGAAAAGAAAUUUCUGGAGAAAAAUACUUCUGAGAUGCCCUUCAGAUUGAGCAAG